CAAAAGUUAUGUAGCGGAUUUGACCAGUGCAACGAACCUGGACGACUGCUCUAAUGGCGAUGGCGUCCGCGUACUCUGCUCCUCUUCCCCAAACCCCUUUUCCGAGAUUCGACUCUCUUCUUACCUUCCCCAACUUCUCCUGCUACCAGAAAGCUCGUUGCUUCCUACGCUUUCACGGCAAAAACCGCUACCUCACAGCUACUCGCCCUGCUUUAUUUCCAGUCCAGCGACCAUACCUGUCGAUAUGUCCAUCGGAUCCCCUACGGAUCAGGUUCCCUUUGGUUUCCACGUCCCUUUCCGGUGGCGAAGGAGGAGGCGACCGCGGAUCGAGCUCAGGAGAAGCUGCGGGGAAGCCCGUAGCAGGAGAUUCGGAGGACGCCAACGCGUUGGGUUCAGAUGUGAUUACCCUCCGUGUCGGAGGCAUGAUUUGCGGUGGUUGCGCUGCCAGCGUGAAGCGCAUCUUGGAAACCCUACCUCAGGUACACUCUGCCACAGUUAACCUAGAACAACAGACGGCAUUUAUAUGGGCUGCACCAGAAGCCAAGGUCAAGGAGGAUUGGCAGCAAGAACUCGGAGAGCAGCUUGCAAAGCACUUAACUACUUGUGGAUUUGAAUCCAACCUUCAAGAUCUCAGCAGCAGCAAUCUUGCAGCUUGACAGUCAUUGCAGAAUCGAGUUUUGCCGCCAUCCGGGUUGUCUUCAACCUUCUUGCGGUAAUUCCUUUCUCUCUCCUCCAUUCCGGGCCAUCCACCACCCUCUUUCUCCACUUUUCCCUCCCAUCCACCGCCACCGCUUUCUUCUCCUUGCGCUCGGUCAUCCCUCUCCCUCCCUCCCUCCCAUGGCGGAGCAGGAGCCGCCCCAGCACUGCAAUCCUGCACCUCUGCCCCUUCCUCCGCCCUUCGAAACCUACAUCGUCCAAGUCCCAAAGGACCAAAUCUACCGAAUCCCUCCUCCAGAGAAUGCUUCCUUGGUCGAACACUACCGCAGCCAGGUCAGGCAACACCGCCAGAACCGCUGCCCCUGCUUCCGUUACCUCAAGCGCCUCGCCCUCCCUGUCUUCCUCCCGCUCAUCCUCCUCACGGCCGCUAUCAUCAUCUUCUUCGCCAUCGUCAACCCCACCACUCCCACCUUCGCCGUCAACUCCUUCUCCGUCAAGGAUGUCUCAAAAUCAAAAACAGAGUAUGACUUCUCGGUGAGAAUCAUCAAUCCAAGCAACAGAGUAAGCUUGUCGUAUGCCGGCGGUGGGCUCGCAGUCGCCUCCCAUGCCGGCAAAGAGUUCGCCACCGGGUCGACGCCAAGGUUCUUCCAACCGCACGGCAAUAUGACCGACCUCAAAUUGCUUCUCCGCUCGACCAAAAGCCCAACGAAAGGGUCGAAUAAACCUCUUUGGAUCAAGUUAAGGAUUGAAUUUACAGUGGGCGCCAAGAUCGGCCAGUUGGAGUUGCGGCGCAUGAGGUUGGACGUGAAAUGCGAUGUCAAAGUCUCUGGGUUGGAUAAGAAGGUGCGCAUCUCCUCACAGGACUGCAACAGCAAUCUCUCGUGAAAAUGGCAGAUUAAUUAAUUAAACGGGAAGAAGAAUUCCUCUGUUUUCCCUCUGUUUUUUUCUUUAUUUCUUCCUGUUUCAGUGAGGGUGCAAUUUGAAUCAGAUACGUGCAUAUGGUUUAAGGAUCUGUCGUGAUUAUAUUAUGAUAACUCAAAAUUUUCCUAAUUAACUAAAUUCUACUGUUUUCACCACAA